AUGACUGUCGCCAACGGAUCUGGACGCCUCCAGGGCAAGCGUGCCCUCGUGACCGGCGGCUCAAUGGGGAUUGGCGAGGCCAUCUCACGCAAACUGGCCGGGGAAGGAGCGUCCAUCCUCAUUGCCGAUCUCAACGCCCAGGAAGGCGCACGCGUUAUCGAAAGUCUUCGCACCGCUGGGACCAAAGCCGAAUUCGUCACCGCCGACGUGACGAAGCGGUCGGACUGGGAACGCAUCGCCGAAGCCGUUGCCUCGCAUUUUGGCGGUCUGGAUAUCCUCGUCAACAACGCCGGUGUCGCAUAUACCGCCGAGUCGUCGCUGACGGUGUCCGAAUCGGCUUUUGACAAAGUCUACAACGUCAACGUCAAAUCCAUCUUCCAUUCCGUGCAGACCAUCUUCCCCAUUUUGAUCGACGGCAAGGGUGGUUCGGUGAUCAACAUUUCUUCCAUUGCUGCUUUGCGCCCCCGAGGCAAACUGGUCUGGUACAACUCCUCCAAGGCGGCCGUCUCUAAUGCCACCAAGGCGUUGGCCCACGAGUUCGGUCCUCAGGGUAUUCGCUGCAACGCCGUGUGUCCCGUCUUGGUCCCCACGCAGCUGGCAAACAACUUCGUGCCAACCUUCGAGAACACGGAGGAGGGUCGCAAGAAGGCGGCCGAGCUCUUCCAGAUUCCAUUGGGAAGAUUGACGACCACAGACGACGUGGCAAACACGGUGCUGUGGUUUGCUAGUGAUGAGAGUUCGUUUAUUACGGGAAUGGAUCAUAGUGUGGAUGGAGGACGAAGCAUCUAG